AUGGCAUUCCAACCGGUAAAUCCAAAGCCAUUUCUUCAAGAACUAACAGGAAAACCUGUAGUUGUUCGUUUAAAAUGGGGUAUGGAAUACAAAGGAUAUCUAGUAUCAGUGGAUUCAUACAUGAAUUUACAGCUUGCCAAUACGGAGGAAUUUAUUGAUGGGAAUUCAACCGGAGCACUUGGAGAAGUGUUGAUCAGAUGUAACAAUGUGUUAUACAUCAGGGGAAUUGAAGAAGACACAGAAAUGGGAGGAACCUAG